AUGGUCUUAGCGUGCAGCCACACCGUGGAAGAAUAUAUUAGGCUCAGUGGAGAAGCGGUUCGUCUUGCAUAUUGGAUAGGGUACCGCGCUGCGGAGUUGAGCCAGCAGAUCUCAAGAGGGGACUGGCAAGCCCAGCCCUGGGCUUUAUCUGUAUCUGAAAUGGACAAGGAGACAAUAGGGAGAGACGUGCAGAGUUUCAAUCUCACCGUUCCUGAAUCGUCCCAGAUCCGGGUGGCAUCGAGAUUUGGCAAAACUUCUUUCAGUCUUGUCGGCCCAGGACAUGCAUUGGAGGCAUUUCGAUCCCAACAUGUUUCUACACCUUCCAUUGCGGAGCGGGUACAUGUUUAUGCCUUGUACCACGCAGGGGACAAGGGAAUGAAUGCACUAAAGAAGGUGCUUGAAGAUGUUAAGCGCAGAGAUAUUUCGUUUCCACCAUCAACAGCCAUGAAAAGGCCGAUAUGGUCUUGCCAAGGCGCAUCUUUGGUAGAUGCAGCAAUCCUUGCAUCCACCUCGCCACUGGAAUAUACCCUUCGUCUCAUCAUGGUUGACACCGCCGACCUUUACAGCACCUGGCUCUCGGCUGUCAAUCAUAUGACUUCUUCAGAUAAAGACUGGGAGAUAGUGACUGUGGGGCCUGGUUCAAACGCCUUGCUCGCAUCGGUAUGCAGGGAUGUAUCUCGACCUACAAGAGCAGGCUUGGUAGACAUCCCAGGAGCUCUUCAAGGCACCAAUGUAUCUCAAGUUGAUGGAUUUGCUAUUGUUGGAAUGUCCGUUAAUUUUCCCCUGGGAGCUGGCAAAGACGCGUUCUGGAAACUGAUAGAGGAUGGAUUAAAUGCAGUGCAAGAAAUACCAGGCACCAGGUUUCAAGUACACGACUACAAAGCCGAAAAGCCCAAUUGUAGACCACCCCGUGAGAUGAAAGCCAGCCAUGGCAACUUUCUCAGCGACCCAUUUCAGUUUGAUCAUGAGUAUUUCGGCAUUUCACCUCGAGAGGCCAAGUCAAUGGACCCACAACAGAAACUCCUCCUCCAGGGGGCAGUACAUGCAAUGGACGAUGCAGGAUAUGUACCCAAUGGAGCACCUUCCUUCAAUCCUGAGACCAUGGGGUGCUAUAUUGGGGUUGCCACGGACGACUAUGUGCAAAAUUUAAGCCGACACAUUGAUGUGUAUUAUUCGACAGGGACCCUACGCGCCUUCCUGAGCGGGAAGAUAUCCUACACGUAUGGCUGGAGCGGACCAUCCAUUGUUAUUGAUACGGCCUGCUCUUCUUCGCUUGUGUCUGUGGUGAUGGCCUGUCGGGCUCUAGCUCAAGGCGAUUGCACUACCGCGUUGGCCGGUGGCGUGAACGCCAUUACCAGUCCAGAUAUGUAUCUUGGUCUUUCACGAGCCCACUUCUUGAGCCCGACUGGCCAGUGCAAGCCCUUUGAUGUAUCAGCCGAUGGGUACUGCCGCGCCGAAGGGUGUGGGUUAUUCGUGAUCAAGCGGCUUUCAGACGCAGUCCGUGAAGGUGAUCGAAUCUAUGGAGUCAUCAAACAAGCGGAGAUAAAUCAGAGCGGUAACUCCUCGUCCAUCACUCACCCUCAUGGUUUCACCCAGAAGCAGCUUUUCCAGAGACUCCUUUCUCGCGGGAAGAUCGAUGCAAAGUCAAUAAGUGUAAUCGAAGCUCAUGGGACGGGAACCCAGGCCGGGGAUGCAAUCGAGACCUCCAGCAUUGUAUCAACUUUUGGUGGUUCUCUCAGCCCAGUCUACUUAACCUCAGUCAAGGGCAACAUUGGCCACGCUGAGGCAGCAUCGGGAACUGCGGGUUUAGCAAAGCUGCUAUUGAUGCUGAAGUCUGCGAAAAUCCCACCGCAGGUCGGAUUCAACACACUGAACCCGAAGUUACAGGCUCUGGCUGCUCACAACAUCCGAAUUCCUACUGCAGCUUGCCAGUGGAAUCGCAUUGGGCCUAACCUGCCGCGGCGUGCGUUGCUGAAUAAUUUUGGUGCAGCUGGUUCAAACGCCGCGUUAAUCAUUGAGGAAUACCGCAUAGCAUCACGCCGCAAGGAUCGAAAUUUUUCCCAUAGAGCAGCAUAUAAUCUGAUUUUGUCUGCAAGAAGCGCCCAUGCGCUCCACGAGCUUAUUGAUCGGUACACCGAGCUUCUUCGGGGCAAUGAGAUUGCUAUUCAAAACAUUUGCUACACGGCGACAGCUCGGCGGCAAAAACAUCGACAUGUUCUCUCAAUUAUUGGAGAAACGAUAGCAGACCUUGCCGACCAGCUUCAACGGCAUAGAACACUUGAGAGACCCGUGGUCAACUAUGGGCAAAAGCGCCCGAUUGUUUUUGUCUUCUCUGGACAAGGCAGCUUUUAUUCAGGAAUGGGCCAGCAGCUCAUGCUUACUGCACCAGCCUUUAAGGGUAAGGUUCAGGAAUGCGACUGCGUGCUUCAGCGAAACGGGAUUGUAGAUGUCAUACCAAGCAAGGUACUCGACGGCUCCUUCAGCCCCGCCUCUGCCACGGAUUGGGUGCUGUGGUCACAGGUCGCAUGUUUUGUGCUGGAAUACGCCCUCGCAUCCCUGUGGAUAUCAUGGAAUAUCCAACCUGAUGUUGUUAUUGGCCAUAGCCUUGGAGAAUACGCAGCUAUGGUCAUUAGCGGAGCCCUGUCGCUGCAAGAUGCUUUGUUGCUCGUUAUGCGACGCGCACAACUGAUGGCAUCGAUGUGUCAAGUUGGGGAGUCUACUAUGCUUGCGUGCAAUACGUCGGCCUUGUCUGUCGAACACCUCAUUGCAGACUCGGAACUGGCUCAACUCACAGUUGCCUGCGACAAUAGUGUAACGGAUUCUGUUGUCUCGGGACCGGUCGAUCAAGUAGACCAAUUGGCCCGGCUGAUCAAAGAGAAAGGAAUUCGCUGUAAGCGACUUGAUGUCCCUCUCGGCUUUCAUUCAUCUGCGCUGGAUACAAUGCUGCCAGAAUUAGAGGCCAGAUGCGAAGGCAUCUGUUUCUCCACUCCAAGGAUUCCUUUGGGGUCUUGUUUCCAUGGACGCCUUAUCGAAGAAGGCGAUCUUAAACCCAGCUACCCCGUUCAACAAACAAGAGAAAAAGUUCGUUUCGCAGAGCUUAUCGAUUCUCUCUUCAAACGAGAUGAAAUGCGGACAGCCACUUUCAUCGAAGUUGGCCCUAGUCCGAUUACAUUGCCCAUGGUCCGAACCAGAUUCACCGGACAGGGCGCCAUUUUCCUGCCUUCCAUUACAAAGGGCCAAGAUCCCUGGAUUAGCAUAAGCCAUGCCCUACAGCAACUGAGCCUGCGGUCUGAUUCUAUUCAAUGGCGCGGUGUUUUCGAUGGCACAGACGCCGUUAUUGUGGAUCUUCCAGACUAUCCAUUCCAAACGCAUUCUCUGUGCGUCCCAUUCAAGGAACCCGACUUCGAGGAAAGAGUGUCCCUAGCCGCUCAAACACAAACACCGCCUAGUUUUCAUUUAUUGCAAGAUGUGGCGGGUUCAGACUUCGAGAAAGGAAUGUCGACGUUCAGUACGAGUCUAGAUGCCCUGUCCAAGUACAUUGAAGGCCAUUCGGUUGACGGCUUUCCGCUAUGUCCGGCCUCAGUAUACCAUGAAAUGGUUCUGGAAGCCAUGCACUAUGAGGCUGGACCAGCUCAGGAUCAGGUGGCUUUGGUCAGUGAUAUCACUUUUGGACAUCCCCUUGUAUAUUCGCCAGAGAGGAAGUCUUCCACUGUGCUUUUGACAUUGGAGAAAACGUCGGUCGCUCAACCUCAAAAUAAUGGAGGAAAAUUCAACUUUGCUACAGCAUCUAAUUGUGAUUCUGAAAUGGUCCUCUGUUCCGGCCAAACAGCAUGGAUGUCCUCAUCGGACGCGAAAUCAUACCUUGCGCGGAAGGCAGCAUACGCCAAAAGGCAGACGAGGCUUUUGCAAAGAAACCAGAGCCAGACAAAUAUCCUGCACCGCAAUGUCAUUUACAACACUAUAUUUCCUCGGGUAGUCGCCUACUCGGAGCCAUAUCAAUCCAUCAAGGAACUGAACGUGUCUGAGGCCGAUCUGGAUGGUUACGGCACGUUUGAGGUACCAGCGAGCACUCUCGUUGGAGGUAUUAUGUCUCCAGUUUUCGUAGACACCAUGCUACAUGCGGCCGGGUUCGUUGCCAACAGCCAAGCCAAACAAACCGAUGCCUUCAUUUGCAGUAAGAUCGAGUCCACGGUUGUGCUAUAUACCGCCAUCAACCCGCAUGACACUUUUCAUAUCUACUGCAGCCUGCUGGAAUGCGGAGAUGGGGAACGUAUCGGUGAGGCUUUUGCAACGACACUCGACGGAACAGCUGUUGCUAGCAUUGAGGGCAUGCACUUCAAGCGCCUGAAUCUCAGGUCGUUCGCUUGUCACCUGUCCCGCCAAACCGGUCAGAGGUCCACCGGCGAUACGCCGCGGCCAGCCGUACCUCGUACCAAGGGGACGACGAAGGCCACGCGCCCAUCAGUUCCUAGCGUCUUGGAUCCAAUGAGUACGGUGGUCAGCCUGAUUUCCAGGCUAUGUGAACAGCCGAGGGAGGCAAUUAUUCCUGCCAAGCGAUUGGCGGACUUGGGGAUCGACUCGCUCAUGCAAAUAGAGCUCUCCCACUCGCUCAAGGGUCAAUUUCCUCAGCUGGAUACUGACGGCUUGGUGACAUUGGAAACAGUCCAGGAGAUCCAAAACUAUAUAGUCGACAUGUGUGGUGACCCAUCGGGAGCGUCCGAAGAAUCCAGUAAGAGCAGCUCCGACAACGGCGACGAUACUUCCCCGAUCAUCGCGUCACGCAGCCUCACCCCCUACACGGAGGUAUCUGCCACUCCGAACGAUGUCACCGAUCUCCUGAUGCAGUUGGUGACGGAGACUUGUGGCUUCAACCUUUCGGAUGUCUGCCAAGACAUGACACUUGAAUCGCUUGGAAUGGAUUCUUUAAUGGCCAUUGAAUUCCAAGAAGGCUUGCAAAAGGAAUUUGGCAAGGCAGUGGCGCAGCAAAUGUUGUCUCCCGCGUUGACCAUCAGCGAGCUUGCGGUAAAGCUCGCAGCAGAAAUCAGUUCACCCAGCAGCGAAUGCUCUGCAGAUCUGAUUGAGAAAGCCGCAAGCAAAACACUCUCACCCGGGCCGGUAGAAGAGCAUUUUAUAGUGCAUUUGCAGCAAGGGCCAGACAACCAUCCUCCGCUGAUUCUGUUUCAUGACGGCAGUGGACUAAUCGAAAAGUACAAACAUCUUCCCAGAUUGGGGUGCAACGUGUUUGGCGUCCGCAAUCCGGAGUUCACAGCUCGGCCGCAUUGGGCAAAGGACCUGAAAGAUAUGGCCAGUCGGUAUGCUGCUUCGAUUCCAUCGGUAGUCAAAGCAGAGCAGGUGGUUCUCGGCGGCUGGUCUUUCGGCGGCGUACUCGCCCAUGAAGUUGCGCAGCAGAUAGACAAAUUGGGGUAUACUACAGUAGCCGUCAUUCUCAUUGAUUCUCCGUGUCCGUUGGAUCAUAAGCCCCUGCCCCGACAGGUUGUCGAUUACAUCCUGGGUCCCAAACCACUGCCCCACUCUAAAUUGAACGCUAUAUCCGUUCAAUUUCAAAGCCACGCACAGUUUCUUGCAGAUUACAGGAUGGAACAUCCCAUUCCAUCCGCAAGGAAGUACGUGAUGCUGCACAGUGAGCAGGUCCUCGACACGACCCGUCUUUGCGGUGUUUCGUACCCAUGGCUUGAAAGUCGACAGGAUAGGGCUUUGGCGCUUCGCCAAUGGGAGGGCCUUCUCUGCCGUUCUCUGGAGGUCUAUGAGAUCCCGGGAAAUCACUUUGAACCAUUUGACCAUGAAUACAUCAGGAUUGUCUCAGACAAGUUACAAGUUGCGUAUGAGAAGGUGACGAGGAGUUGUGAUUGA